AUGAGCGGAGGACUUUUUCCCACGCUCCGCGGAAGACGCACGUUGAUUGAAACUCAGGAUAAGACGAUUACAGUGUACUGUGAGCUUACAAGUGAUGGACAUGCUGACCCAGCAGAAGCUUGUGAUGCUAUCAUCCUCCACAACACCUACCGAGCCAACCACAACGCUGCUCCUUUCGGAAUUCCCUCGGCCGCACUUUGCCAAGGAGCUCAGGCUUGGGCCGAUAGCGAAGCAGCCGCUAAUGCAGGAGGGCAUACUGGAAUGACGCAUUCGGCUAUCUCUGACCGACCAGGCGAAGGGGAAAAUAUGGCCUGGUCGUCUGCCACUUCUGGUUUUACCCUUUCGGCUGCCACUACUCUUUGGCAAGCCGAGGAUGCUUACUGGAAUUUCGAUGAUCACCAGGAAUGCACCAUGAGUCCUCUGUCCUGCCCAUCAUGUGACUUUGGGCCGAACCCUAACUCAUUUGGUGAUUGUGGUCACUUCACUCAGAAUGUCUGGAAGGCGACUACAAGUGUCUGUGUCGCUAAGGCCGUUAAUUCUGAAGGUACCUACAUCGUUGCCCGAUAUGAGCCAGGAGGAAACAUAAUGGGACAAUUUGUGGCGCAAGUUGACAGCGCAGGACCACUCGAUGGCGUCUAUGUAGGAGAACCACAUCAGUCUGGAAUUGGAUUUCCUUAA